AGCAGAGACCAUAAAUAGCAUAUCUAGUUCCUAUAUCCGAACCAAAAAAGCAAUUAUCGUUUCUCGCACUGCAGUAGGGCAUCGAGGCCCGAGAGGAAAAAGAGAAAAAUUAAAACAAAAACACCAAAAUUCUCUUUCGCAAAAAGGAGCUUCGUAAAAAAAAGAAAAAAGAAAAAGAAAAAAAAUGUCCGUAGAAACAACCAUCUCAACGCCCCUCCCCGCCAGCAUCCAGCCCAGCGUCGUCGUCGCGCUGCUGCACAACCACGAGAUCUACAUCCGAACCACCUGUCCGCAACUCAUAAGCUACAGACAAAUCUCACCACCCUCACCUUCUUCUACUACUCUCCUUCCCUCCUCCUCAUCCGACUCCUCCAACCCCAACGUCGCACCACCCGCCGUCGACGAGCCCCACACCUUCGAAGUUACGGACCGCCGACCCACCGGGCAGACGACGUACCGGCUGACGCUGACCAACCGGGCCCAAGGCAUCGACUCCGCGGUCGACGGCAAGGCGCCGACGGGGUCCAUAGCCGUCCGCGCGCGGUGGCGCGUAUCGCUGCUGGGCGGUGACGGUGACGGUGACGGUGACGGCGAUGACGCGGGCCUGCUCGAGGAACACGUCGACAUCGAGAGUAACAUGAUCACCAGGAAGAUGGUCAAGAGUAACAUCGAACGGAGCCACCCAGCGUACCAUCGGACUUUUCUCGCCGAGGCGGCUAAGGCGUCAUGAGAAUUAUUGAUAUCUCGUUAUUACUGCCUAGGUUAGGUACCUACCUACCUGCUCUUCUU